AUGGCUUCAAAAAUCUCGGGUAAAGAAGUCGCGAAACACAACUCUCGCGCAAGCUGCUGGAUAAUCGUGCACGGUACUUAUUGUUUGCCAAGCCAUGCUGCCCAUGCCUCUACGGCGGCAUGGAAUGGUCGACAUUUGAAGCUGACGGGGAACUCUUACCCAGGCAAAGUUUAUGAUGUUACUGAGUUCCUUGAUGAUCACCCAGGGGGGAGCAAAAUCAUCCUGAAGUAUGCUGGGAAAGAUGCAACCCAGGAAUAUGACCCAAUACAUCCACCAGAUGCCAUUGAAACGAAUCUACCAAAGGAGAAGCAUCUUGGUCUCGUGGAUCUUGCAACAGUAGAGAAGGUCGAAGUUACUAUCACUGACGAGGAGAAGCAACGGCAGAAACGGAUAGAAGCACGACCUCCUCUCAGCGAAAUCCUUAACCUUCAUGAUUUCGAGUCCAUUGCAAGACAAGUAAUGUCUGAAAAGGCAUGGGCAUAUUAUUCAUCUGCUGCAGAUGACGAGAUUACAAUGCGAGAAAACCAUGCUGCUUACCACAGAAUAUGGUUCCGACCACGGAUAUUGCGCAAUGUCACGAAAGUUGAUUGGUCAACGAAGAUAUUGGGACACAAAACGAGUAUGCCUGUUUACAUCACCGCGACGGCUCUUGGAAAGCUCGGUCAUCCUGACGGCGAACUCAACCUGACAAGAGCCGCAGCCAAACACGGUGUGAUACAAAUGAUCCCGACGCUUGCAUCCUGCUCCUUCGACGAAAUCAUCGACGGCGCCCAACCAGGUCAAGUGCAGUUCCUACAGCUAUAUGUCAAUAAGGACCGGGAAAUAACAAAGAAGAUCGUCCAACACGCCGAAGAGAGAGGCAUAAAGGGGCUCUUCAUAACUGUUGAUGCACCACAACUUGGCCGACGAGAGAAGGAUAUGAGGAUGAAGUUCGAAGACGAAGAUCCCUCGGUUGUCUCGGAGACUGGUUCCAAAGGCGUUGAUAGGUCACAAGGGGCGGCGAGGGCGAUAAGUUCCUUUAUUGACCCCGGUCUAUGUUGGGAUGACCUGAGUUGGUUCAAGAGCAUAACCAAAAUGCCUCUGAUCCUGAAGGGGGUUCAGUGCUGGGAGGACGCCCUCGAAGCCUACGACCAAGGACUAGCCGGCGUCGUAUUGUCUAACCAUGGAGGUCGUCAGAUCGAUUUCUCCCGUUCUGGAGUCGAAGUGUUAGCAGAAGUUACUAAACACUUAGGCGAGGAACGUGGGUUGAAGUUCCCAAACGAGAAGUUCCAGCUUUUCGUCGAUGGUGGUGUGAGAAGGGCAACUGACGUGCUGAAGGCCAUCGCAUUGGGUGCCACUGCCGUGGGAGUCGGGCGCCCGUUCCUGUACGCGUUCUCGUCCUACGGUGUCGAUGGCGUUGAUAAAGCACUGCAAAUUCUGCACGACGAGUUCGAAAUGAACCUUCGUCUUUUGGGCGCACCUACACUUAAGGAUGUUGUCCCAUCCAUGGUGGAUGCUUCAAGCCUGAGUAACCAUCUUGUGGCGGUUCCCGACGAUCGCUUAUACAUGACGAAUUACGAGACCUUGCAAACAGCCCGCCUGAAGGAGGUCAAGUCGAAAUUGUAG